AUGAGUCUCACAGAGAAGGAACGAGGGCCGGAGGUAGCAUUCCAGUGCAUAUUUCUUGUGAGCGGUUGCGCGUUCGCGUAUUGGGUGGACUUUGGCUUCACGCGCCUUGACAAUCAGAUUUCAUGGCGCGUUCCCAUCGGGUUUCAAGCUGGCCUCGCUGCUGUUUCGGGUGUGGGAAUGUUUUUGUUGCCGGAUACACCUCGAUGGUAUUACCUUCGCGGUCAUCUAGAGGAAGGAGACAAAAUCUUAUCUCGUCUCUACGACCGGCCUGUGUUGGACUCUGAUGUCCAAACAACGCGAGAGUCAAUCCUGAAAUCGCUUGAACUUGAGUCUGAGGAAACCAAAACCUUGAAUCCGAUAGAUCUCUUUUGGGAUCGAACCAACUUGCGGGUAGGACGACGCUUGCGCAUCGCUUUCUUGAUGUUGUCUAUACAACAGAUGAUGGGAAUCAAUGUAGCUGUUUACUACAGUGUCACUAUAUUCUCACAGAUUGGUCUAUCCUCUACGCUGUCCCAGCUUCUCGCUGCUGUUAUGAACACCAUUUUCGCAAUCGGCUCUCUCUUUCUUCCUUCGACUAUUGAGAUCUUCGGAAGGAGGAACAUAUUGAUGUUCUCCGCUGGAGGUCUAACAAUCUGUCUUUCUAUUUUUGUCGCAAUGAUCGGAUCCCAGGAUCCUACCCUGGCAAAGCAGUGGGUUGCAGUGGCCGCAAUAAUUGUAUCUAAUCUUAUGUUUGGAUAUGGAUGGAUUGGUGUUUGUUGGUUAUAUGGUCCCGAGAUCGCUUCACUACAAUUCCGUCACAUUGGAGGGGCCGCCAGUUCAUUCGGGGAAUGGCUUUUCUGCUUUAUCACGGCUUUUGCUGGAGGUAUUGGGCUCGAGAAAGUUGGGUGGAAGUUGUGGCUUUGGUGCCUCCUUUCAUGCGCGGUGGCUAUGCCGUUCGUCUACUUCAUGUGCCCGGAGACGACUGGAAAGACACUGGAAGAAAUAGAUUUAUUGUUUCAAAAGGCGAACGAGUCUCAUCAUAAUAACGCUGAUUCUCUCGAUGCACGUUCGAGUGAGAAGGAUGAGGUUCAUUAUGUUCACCAAGAGACUACUCCUGUGUGA